AUAAAAAAUGCGCACUAUAUUUGAAAGCCAAUUGAAAAAAAAGAAAAAGUGACUUUCUAGAAUUACGUAUUUGCAGGUCUUCAUAUUAGAACACCUAUCGUAAUCUUGCCUUUUUUUAACCAACUAGAAACAUUAUCCAUAAUAUCGCAUUACAGAGAAAAUAAGCCAGACUUCGAGGUUUCAUGAUAUACUAGUCGUGUGUAUUCAUAAUCGACUUAUAAUAUGAAUCGUGACAAUAUUCCAUUGCUGCAGAAAAGCGAAUCAGGCCUUUCUUUGUUUUUUGCUACGUUAUGCAUAGUUGAUAUCUUCGGAGUAUUUCCUAUCAUUGCUCUUCCUAAAAGUAUUGUUCAAUGUGGUUGGCUGGGGAUUCCAUUAGUAUUAAUUGUUUUCGGAUUUCAAAUUUAUACAGCAGCAUUAUUGGGAAAAUCAUGGAAUCUAGCUGUAACUCUAGAUCCAUGUAUUUUGAAAAAAAAUCGAUACCCAUUAUCAGCUUUAACUGAAUUAACAUUAGGUCGAUGGACAAGUUUAUUUGUUUCUAUAUUGUUAGAUUUAACUGUUUUUGGAGGUGGUAUACCUAAUUUAUUAGUAGCAUCGCAAAAUAUACAACUUUUUGGAUUAAAAAUGUCACAUAAUGAAUUCAAUUUAUCUUUCUGUUACUGGCUUUUUAUUAUUGGUUUAUUGUUAUGUCCAGUAAUGUGGCUUGGAAGUCCGCGAAAUAUGAAGUUAGUUGUUAUAUUGUCAACAUUAGCUAUCUCAAUCACAGCUCUACUUAUUUGGUGGUGUAUAAUAGCUGAUGAAAGAUAUAUAAAUAUUUUACCCAUACCUACAACUCCUUCAUGGGAAAAAUUCAUCUCUGGAUAUGGCAUGCUGGCAUUUCAAUUUGAUGUUCACCCAACACUGAUGACAGUUCAAGUGGAUAUGAAUAAUAUUAAGGACAUUAAUAAAGCAGUAAUAUUUUCAUUUAUAAUGAGCGGUUCGUUAUUUAUGAUAACAGCAGGAUUAAGCGUUUGGCGAUAUGGUGGUAGUAUAACUGCAAAUUUAUUUCAAUUAUUGCCUCCAGGAGAAAUAAUACAUGCUGCUAUUUUACUAGCUUCUUUACAACUUUGUCUGUCAAGUGUUAUUGGUCAUUCUGCGCUUUUCCAACAUCUUGAGGAUCAAUUACACAUUAAAAGAACAUUUGGAUGGAAACGAUGUGCGAUACGUUCAGCGGUGGUGAUCUUUGGUGUGGCAUUGGGUGAAUCAGUGCCACGAUUUGAUAUCGUGAUGUCAUUAAUUGGAGGUACUCUUACUGGUCCACUGAUCUUCGUUCUACCACCACUUAUAUAUUUAAAGCUUAAAGCACUGUGCAUAAGAAGAUUGGUAUGUUUGCCUGUACCUGAAUUGCAACUUUCAAAAUGGGAAAAAUGUCCAAUCAGUGCAAAGGAAAUUGCUAUUAAUCCAUUUGUAUAUUCUAGGUCCACCCAUUUUUCUUUUUGUGAUACUGAAGAAAAUAGUUAUAAAAAAUAUUCUUUUCCUUAUUCUGGAGGCAUUGAUAAUACAAGGAUGAAUCCAUAUGAUAAUCAAGAAAACUCAUUAAAUGUAGAUACUUAUUUACAAAGGUUUUCAAUUGAGAAUUUCAAACCUGUUAGAAGUAAAGGACUGUCCAUUUUGAUAGAUCAGAACCAAUCAUUAUUUAAUAGAUUAAGAAAAGAGAAUGUAAUAUCAAAUAUAAAAAUAACUAAAUUGGGAAAAUCUUGUACUCUUCAGAAGUUAAUUGACUCAUUUGGCUAUAGCAUAAUAGUAUCAGGAAUACUGAUUACUAUUUCAUCAACUUAUAUCAAUGUAAAAAAUACUAUACAAUUUGUUAAAUUCAUACCACCCUGCAUUAUUAAUGCAAGUUCUUAUUUACCGAUUUCAGAUUAAAAUAGGAAAACGUUAGUAUUAUUAUUUAUAAUAA